AUGAGUAAGCGGGCAAUGGUCAGCAACCCAUUAGGUAACCCAGCAGAAUCCGACUCUGAACAACAGCUCCUUCGUACCGUUCCCCCUCGUCCACCCCAUCUCCCAAACCUCUCCACCCCCCCCUCUCUCCUCAAUUCACCCUUCCCAAUCAUGCGGCCGCAGCUGUUUCGUGCGGCCGCCCGGUCUCUCCGGGUUCCCCGAGCCCGAGCCUUCGCGACGACCGCCCCUCGCGCGGCCGAGGUGGAACUGACCAUUGAUGGCAAGAAAGUGUCCGUGGAAGCCGGCUCGGCACUUAUCCAGGCAUGCGAGAAGGCAGGCGCAACAAUCCCCAGAUACUGCUACCACGAGAAACUGCUCAUUGCCGGUAACUGCCGUAUGUGUCUUGUCGAAGUCGAGAAAGCUCCCAAGCCAGUGGCUUCGUGUGCCUGGCCCGUCCAACCCGGAAUGGUUGUCAAGACCAGCUCGCCAUUAGUACACAAGGCACGCGAGGGUGUCAUGGAAUUCCUCCUCGCCAAUCAUCCCCUUGACUGCCCCAUUUGCGACCAGGGUGGAGAGUGUGACCUUCAGGAUCAGUCCAUGCGCUAUGGUGCGGAUCGCGGUCGGUUCCACGAGACCGGUGGCAAGCGUGCCGUGGAGGACAAGAACAUUGGUCCCUUGGUGAAGACAUCGAUGAAUCGUUGCAUUCACUGCACUCGUUGUGUGCGAUUCAUGAACGACGUUGCGGGUGCCCCCGAGUUGGGAACUACAGGCCGUGGAAACGACAUGCAAAUCGGAACCUACUUGGAACGAAACCUCGACUCCGAAAUGUCCGGCAACGUCAUCGAUCUCUGCCCCGUCGGCGCCCUCACCUCCAAACCAUAUGCUUUCCGCGCUCGCCCGUGGGAGUUGAAGCAUACCGAGUCUAUCGACGUCCUCGACGCGCUGGGUUCCAACAUCCGGAUCGACAGCCGUGGCAUGGAAGUCAUGCGUGUUACCCCGAGGUUGAACGAUGACAUCAACGAGGAGUGGAUUAACGACAAGUCUCGCUUCGCUUGUGAUGGAUUGAAGACUCAGCGACUCACCACGCCCUUGAUCCGCCGCGAGGGGAAAUUUGUCCCCGCUACUUGGGAGCAAGCCCUGGUGGAGAUUUCCUCCGCUCAACAGAAGCUGCAGCUGAAGCCUAACGAGUUCAAGGCCGUUGCUGGUCACCUGGUUGAUACCGAGUCUCUUGUUGCCAUGAAGGACAUGGCCAACAAGCUUGGCUCCGACAACCUUGCCCUCGAUCAGCCCGGCGGCAGUGCUCCUAUUGCUCACGGUGUUGAUGUUCGCACCAACUAUCUGUUCAACUCCAAGAUCUACGGUAUCGAGGAGGCGGACGCCAUUCUCUUGGUUGCCACCAACCCUCGUCACGAAGCCUCAGUUCUCAAUGCUCGCAUCCGCAAGCAAUACCUCCGCUCCGAUCUUGAGGUUGGUCUUGUUGGCGAAGAGUUUGAAAGCACCUUUGACUACGAGAAUCUCGGCGCCGAUGUCUCUGCCCUCAAGGCCGCUUUGUCCGGGGAAUUCGGAAAGAAGCUUGCGGGUGCCCAACGCCCUAUGAUUGUUGUCGGCAGUGCGGCCGCUGAGCAUCCCGACUCGAAGGCCAUUUUCGAGGCUGUUGGCAGCUUCGUGGAGAAACAUGCCAGCAACUUCAACACCCCUGAGUGGCAAGGUUUCAACGUUCUGCAGCGUGCCGCCUCCCGAGCCGGUGCCUAUGAGGUGGGCUUCACUGCCCCCAGCCCCGAAGUUGCCCAGACUACUCCUAAGAUGGUCUGGCUUCUGGGCGCCGACGAGAUUUCGCAAGGUGAAAUUCCCAAGGACGCUUUCGUCAUCUACCAGGGUCACCACGGUGACCGGGGUGCCCAGCUUGCAGAUGUCGUGCUCCCCGGUGCCGCAUACACUGAGAAGUCCGCCACCUACGUUAAUACCGAAGGCCGAGUGCAAGUUACCCGUGCCGCUACUUCGCUGCCCGGUGCUGCUCGUGAUGACUGGAAGAUCAUCCGUGCCACUAGCGAGUUCCUUGGUGUGCCUCUUCCUUAUGACGAUAUUGAGGCUCUUCGUGACCGCAUGGAAGAGAUCAGCCCUGUCAUGCGUCGCUACGAUGUCGUGGAGCCCACUUCGAUUAGUGCUCUGAGCAAGGUGCAGCUUUCCGACCAGAACAAGGGUGCCUCAACAACCGGGGCUCCUUUCAAGAAGGUUAUUGAGGACUUCUUCUUUACCGAUGCCAUUUCCCGAAGCUCGCCUACCAUGGCUCGUUGCUCAGCCGCCAAGGCUACCGGAAACCCUGAAACCAACUUCAUGGCUGCUGGAGAGAUGUCUCCCCAGGCUCUCUACGGCUGA